AUGAAAGCUAAUUCUUUUAUAAUUUAUGACAAGAACUCAAAAAGGCUAACAUUCAGUGAAACGCUAAAAACAAGAACAUUGCGGAGCAUGACAAGUAAAAAUAAAAGAGAAGUCAAUAAGAGCUAUGAUAUGAAAUUUUUUGAGCUUAAUGAAAAGUUAUGCAAAGUAAUGAGCAAUUCUAAUUCUGCAAGAUGCUCGCCUGAGAAUAUUUUGCAGAGAAAAAAAAGUACCUCGACCGAGAUGCCUAACAUUACAUUAAAAAUCGUACCGAAAAAGCAAAUUAUGCCAUUUGAAUAUGAAUUUAUUCUAAAAAUAUUUAUUAAUGAAUAAUUUUUUAUAUCAAAAAUUUUUAACGUUCUUGAAUAUGAUCCGAUUCCUUCUCCUCUUACUCCUCUCCUGUAAGAAAACACCAUAUUUGAAAUAAUUUUAAAACAAAUAUUAAUUUUAAUUUUUAAAUCUAUGUUUUAAAACAAUACAGAAUUUGCAAGAGAUUUCGUUAUAAUAAUUAUCACUUACAUAUCGAAAUAUUUUUUUUCAUAAAAUCUUUAUUCUCUUUGAGGGUGGGCUAUUACUCAAUAAAUGGGGAUUUUUCUAAUAGUUUUGUUUUCACUCACGAAGAUGAGGGAGUUAGAUGAAAGCAAAGAUAUCCUCAAAAAUCUAGAACUAUAACAAUUAGUAUUCCUAAUCGACACAAGCCAAAAACCCCUUCCACAGAGCCUACGAAAUCUCAGAACCAUUCCAAAAUAAAUUAUAUUCCUUACUUGCCUUUAAUCAACCAAAUAAUUGAUCCGCCCUCAAAGCCAAUUAUCAGACAAUUAUCAAGAGAAGAUCCGUUAAUUUCUUCAUGGGAGCAUUUUACACCGAGAGACUCUGGAGUAUUAUAA